AUGAGGCUCGUCAACACACUUCGCUGCUUGCUCGCACUGCUGUUGCUACGGACGGCACCGGCGCGGGUAUCCGGUGUGCACAGAAGCCAACCGGCGAGCGGGACGGUUCUUCCCUCCACCGCCACGCUUGCCGGAUGUCAGACGAGCUGUGGCGACCUGACUUUCGAUUACCCAUUUGGCAUAGGGGCGGGCUGCUUCCGGUCGCAAGACUUUGAGCUCAUCUGCAACUCCCACAGUUCCUCGCAGGCUCCUAGGCUCUUCCUCCACGACGGCAUCACAGAGGUCGUCGAGGAUAUCACCGCAUAUGGUUUACAAGCAAUUGCUGUGUCGUUUUCGCAAUCCAUCUCCUUGAGAUCUGAGGUCGAUGUGUACAGCAUGUCCUGGAAUCUUGGUAGAUCCUUCAGCGACUAUAGUGUGCAACUGAACUUCACCGGUUGCAACUUCGACAUGCACGUCCUCGAGCUUGGCACGAACCACACGGUUGGUCUGUGCAGUGUUACAUGCCCUGACGAAGAUAUCACGGGCGGGGUGGCUAGGCAGAACUGCAACGAUACAGGGUGUUGCUCCACCUAUGUCGACUCCACGGGUAUUACCGGCUUCUUGGAGAUAAAGUUUGUCCGCCACAAGAUUGGAGAACCAAAAUUCAAAGAGCACAAAAAUGACCAAAGAUCCAUAUGGGAUACAAUUGAUGUAACCGGCGAUGCUACUGCUAACUGGGGUAUCGUCGUUGAUGAACCCGUCUUCGCUGGCACCUUGCAACACAGGACAGAUUAUGCAUGUCUCGGCAACCAUAGCAGUGAUGAAGACUUUACACCAGAUGAUGGAUCAAACUACAUGCUAUAUUAUUCUUGUUUUUGCGAAGAUGGUUACACAGGCAAUCCAUACAUAACUGAUGGAUGUUCAGGUGACAAAGGGUAUGAUCCAUUACAAAGGAAGACCAAUUGCUCUAGAUGGUGUGGGAAUGUCAAUAUUCCAUUUCCAUUCGGCCUAGAAGAUGGAUGUUCUGCAAGGAUGGCGUUUCAGCUCAAUUGUAUAAAUUCGACAUUGUAUGCCUACUACUAUAUACCACCAGCCGCCGCCGACGAAGACAUAUCAGCCAACAACACAUCAAGCGGCAACAUCCUUGUAAACAAUAUAGAUAUCAACAAAGGGAUAUUGGAGGUCAAAUACAAUUCAUAUGGGGAACAAGGAUUCUCUUUGAACAAGAGAGAAAAUCUUAAACUCUAUAUUGCCUCCGAGGAAACAUCAUUUCAGCAAUGGGCCGUAGCCAACUUAACAUGCCAAGAAGCCAAACAAAACAAAAGAGGGUAUGCAUGUGCUAGCAAGAAUAGCAAGUGCUUGGGUGUUAACCCCGCAGAAGAGUAUUUUGGUUACCGUUGCAAGUGUAUCUCUGGCUUUUAUGGGAAUCCAUAUAUCACAGAUGGGUGUCAAGAUGUUGACGAGUGCAACAUACCAGGAAAAUGUAAUGGGAUUUGCCAUAACACUCAAGGAAGUCAUUAUUGCACCAAAUGUCCUAUAAAAACAGUGUAUGACAGUGCAACAAGGAUGUGCACAUCAACCAAAGAGCAAAAUCUGAUCCUAGGUGUUACCAUUGGAAUUAGUGUUGGCUUCGGAACUCUAAUUCUAAUCUUGAUAGUAAUAUUUUUUAUCCGUCGAUGGAAAAAAGACAUCGAAAAGCAACUACGAGGAAAGCAUUUUCGGCAGAACCAAGGUCUACUCCUCGAACAAUUGAUAUCAUCUGAUGAAAAUGCAAAUGACAUGACCAAGAUUUUCUCACUGUCAGAGUUAGAAAAAGCAACAAAUAACUUCGACCCUACACGUAUAGUUGGCCAUGGAGGCCAUGGCAUGGUUUAUAAAGGCAUCUUAUUAGACCAACGAGUGGUGGCCGUAAAAAAGUCUAGAUUCAUUGAGCAAGUUGAGAUUAGUCAGUUCAUCAAUGAGGUGGCCGUGCUCUCACAAAUAAACCAUCGUAAUAUCGUGAAGCUCUUUGGAUGUUGUCUUGAGACCGAAGUCCCACUACUAGUGUAUGACUUUAUCCCCAAUGGUUCAUUAUCUGGAACCCUCCGUGCCAGUACCACUAGCAACUCUGUCUUGUCAUGGGAUGAUUCCUUGAGAAUUGCUGCAGAAGCUGCUGGGGCGCUCUAUUACCUCCACUCGGCUGCGUCAAUAUCGAUAUUUCAUCGUGAUGUGAAGUCCACUAACAUACUCUUGGAUGGAAAUUACACUGCCAAAGUAUCAGAUUUUGGUGCUUCAAGGUUGGUUCCUAUUGACCAAACCCACGUCGUUACAAAUAUACAAGGCACAUUUGGAUACUUGGAUCCGGAGUACUACCACACGGGCAUUUUGAACGAGAAGAGUGAUGUUUAUAGCUUUGGUGUAGUACUUGUAGAGUUGUUACUUAGGAAGGAGCCUAUUUUUAUAGGUGACUCGGGGCUAAAGCAAAACUUGUCCAACUACUUCCUUUGGAAGAUGAGGAAGAAACCACUUGCAGAAAUAGUAGAUGCUCAAGUUCUCAAGGAAGCAACAGAUGAAGAGAUUAAUGAUGUCGCGGUUCUUGCUGAGACUUGCUUGCGACUACGAGGCCAAGAGAGGCCUACUAUGAAACAAGUGGAGAUAAAACUGCAGCAUGUUCGAUCCAAAAGGUUGAGAUCAGCUCAGGCUGCAAUAAUAAAUGAAGAUAUGCAACCUCUGUUAAAUGCACAAAGGAACUUCAACCUUCCGCUGGUUGUUCAAGAUGGUGUAGGGGACAGAGCUAAUUUAGCUUCUCAAAGGUACCAAAAUUGCUACAGCUUGGAGCAGGAGUUCAUGGCGUCGACGACUCUGCCACGGUAG